AUGCAGUCGCCCAGGAAGAGAACCCAAUCUCUCAGGCCAGUUUCCGCCGCCGCCGAAGCACGGAAAAGGCUCAGAUCGAAGCAGGAGGAGGAAGACUACAGCGACGUGUGCUGCCAGAAAUGCGGGUCCGGUCAGCAUCCUGCGGAGCUUCUUCUCUGCGACAAAUGUGACCGCGGAUAUCAUAUCUUCUGCCUCCGCCCUAUCCUCGUCGGAAUCCCUAAGGGACGCUGGUUCUGUCCCUCUUGCUCCAAUCGGAAAAAUGUUGCAGAUUUUGCUCUGGUUCAAACCAGAAUUGUCGAUUUCUUCCGUAUCCAAAGGUCUUCGCAAUCAGGCGAAAAGCCGAGUCCAGAUUGUCGAAAGAAGCGCAAGCGAAAUUCCGGACUGGCAAUGUCAAAGAAGAAGAGCAGGAAGUUAUUGCCCUUCGUUCCAACUGAGGAUUCUUCUCGAAGAUUAGAACAAAUGGCUUCCUUAGCUUCGGCCCUGACCGCCACCGGAACUGAGUUCAGCAACGAGCUAACCUACAUUGCCAGCAUGGCUCCACGAUCAGCCAAUUGCCCUGCUCUCGAAAAGGAUGGGAUGCAGGUCAUGAUUAAAGACGAUAUGGAAACCUUAACUCUCUGCAAGAACAUGAUGGAGCUAGGUGAAUGGCCGCCUCUUAUGGUCGUUUUUGAUCCGCUGGAAGGAUUCACUGUGGAGGCAGAUCGAUUCAUCCGGGACUUGACGAUCAUCACCGAGUACGUUGGCGACGUCGACUACCUCAAGAACCGCGAGCACGACGAUGGAGAUAGCAUGAUGACUCUUCUCUCCGCCGCCGACCCUUCCAAAAGUCUCGUCAUUUGCCCCGACAAGCGCAGUAACAUCGCCCGGUUCAUCAAUGGCAUCAACAACCACGUCCCCGGCGGGAAGAAGAAACGAAACGUUAAAUGUGUGAGGUUCGACGUGAAUGGCGAAUCCCGGGUGCUUUUGAUCGCAAGCCGGGACAUUCGGAAGGGGGAGAGGCUGUACUACGACUACAACGGAUACGAAAACGAGUAUCCGACGCAGCAUUUCGUAUAGCCACAGAUCCAUACAUACAUACAGAACAUACAGGGAAGGAUCACAGUGUUAGAGAAAUGUGUUUUUUUGUAACUUUGUUGCCGGAAAAAUGUGUUUUUGUGUAACUUUGUUGCCGUAAAAAUGUGUCCUUUGGCCUAAUUAGAUCACAAAAUUUCACAUUCAUCGCCUUGCAGCUGCUGCUGCUGUAUGAAGUUGUAGUUGGCACAUUUUUGUUGCAGUAUAUUUAGUUAAGGAAAAGAUUGGGCUCUGUUUAUUAAAAAA